UCUUGACAUCUUUCAGAUUGGAUGUGUGUUGUGGACUCGGGUGGAGCUGUUAUCUGGUCUCAAUAAGUCACUAUAGUGGUUAAUGUUCUGGAAAUACAUUGUUUUGAUAAUGGAGUUGGAAAUGUUUUGAUGUAGGAAAUGUCACACAGUAAACCUGUUUUUCUGGUCAUUCUAUAAGAAAACUUACACCAUGGUCUGCAGACAUAAUGAAAGUGAUAGAUGGUUUAAGAGGAGAACAACUUUGCUUGAUACUAAGUAGUUGUGUUUAGUGCUGAAUGUAAGUGAAGAGCAUGUGAAUUUAUCAUUCAUAAUGUAUAACUGUUUGUAGGAGUAAUACGUCUAGUCUGGUGAACUGGGAGUAAUAUUAUCCUCUUUAAUGGAGGGAAAGAAUAGCAACACUAAAUCUAAAGUGGAUCUCUAUGAAGAUCAAGAGGAGGGGAGAACUCAAAGAGCCACAUCUCCAGAAUCCAGCUGUGUGUCCAUGAAGAGUAAACAAUCCAUGGAUUAUCCUGUUGAUGUCAGUGAUGGAGCAGUGACCUCUGACCCCAGCAGUGGUGAAAGGGAUGAUCUGACCUGGGUUCAGUCUGGAUGUGGAGUUUGUGAGCAGGUUCUGAGAGAUUCUGUCUCUAUCACCUGUGGACAUAGUUUCUGCAGACAGUGCAUCAAUUUCUACAGAAAUCAGUCCAGACCAUCACCAUCAGAACAGUUUGACUGUCCUCAGUGCAGAAAGAGAUCCAGAACAAACAGAGCCAUGAAAAGAUCCAGUUCUGCUGGUUCUGUUGACCUGCAGGAGGAGACUGGAGACCUGCAUAAACCACUGAAUGAUGAAAUACAGAGAGUCAAAAACCAGCACAAAACCAGCAUGAAGAACAAGUAUGAGAGAUUAUUUGAGGGACUGAAACUCCAGGAUGAACGCCUCCUGAACAGCAUCUACACACAGCUCUACAUCAUAGAGGGAGAGAGAGAAGGAGUGAAUGAAGAACAUGAGUUUUUACAGAUGAGAAAACAGCCAGAAACACAACACUCACAACACACUCCAAUCGACUGCAAUGACAUCUUUAAAGCCUCAGCUGAAUGCAGGAUGUGAGGGAAAGAGCAGAUCAAGACUGUUCUUACUAAAGGCAUCGCUGGAAUCGGAAAAACCGUCUCUGUGCAGAAGUUCAUUCUGGACUGGGCCGAGGGAAAAGCCAAUCAGGAUGUAGACUUUCAUGUUUGUGCUUCCAUUUCGAGAGCUGACUUGAUCGGAGAUCAUCAGUACAGUCUUCACAGACUUUUGCUGGACUUUCAUCCUGAACUUCAAGAUCUGGACUCACAGAUUUAUGAGGAGUGUAAAGUUGUGUUCAUCUUUGAUGGUCUGGAUGAAAGCAGAAUCACACUGAUGUUUUCAGACGCUCAGAAAGUUUGUGAUGUGACUGAGACUUCAUCAGUGGCUGUGUUGAUGUCAGAGCUCAUGAAAGGAGAGCUGCUUCCCUCUGCUCUCAUCUGGAUCACCUCCAGACCAGCAGCAGCCAAUCAGAUCCCCUCCAAAUACAUCCACCGUCUGACAGAAAUUCAGGGAUUCAGUGAGCCUCAGAAGGAGGAAUAUUUCAGGAAGAGAAUCAGUGAUGAGCAUCAAGCCAGCAGAAUCAUCUCACACAUCAGAAGAGCGAGAAGCCUCCACAUCAUGUGCCACAUCCCCGUCUUCUGCUGGAUCUCAUCCACUGUGCUUCAGAAGCUCCUGGAAGAAGAUCUGAGUGCAGAAAUCCCUCAAACUCUGACUGAAAUGUACAUCCACUUCCUGCUGAUUCAGAUCAACAUGAGGAAGCAGAAGUAUGAAGAGAGAGAUCCAGAGAAACUCCUGCAGUCCAACAGAGAAGUGAUUGUGAAACUUGCUGAAGUGGCUUUCAAACAGCUGAUGAAGGGCAAUGUGAUGUUCUAUGAGGAGGACCUGAUUGAGAGUGGCAUAGACGUCACUGACGCCUCAGUGUAUUCUGGGAUUUGCACUGAGAUCUUUAAGGAGGAAUCUGUGAUUCAUCAGAGGAAAGUCUACAGCUUCAUUCAUCUGAGCGUUCAGGAGUUUCUCGCUGCUUUCCAUGUGUUUUAUUAUCAUGUGAAUACAGUUAUGGAAAGACUUAAGAAUUUUGCUUCAAUACAAAAUUUGCUUAAAGGUGCGGUAGAUAAAGCUCUCAAGAGUAAGAAUGGACGUCUGGAUCUGUUCCUGCGGUUCCUGCUGGGCGUCUCACUGGAGUCCAAUCAGAGACUCUUACAGGAUCUACUGACACACCCAGAGAACAGCUCAGAGAGCAUCAGAGAAACCACACAGUACAUUAAAAAGAUGAUCAAAGAUGGACAUGAACUCUCAAUUGAAAGAUCCAUCAAUCUGUUCCUCUGUCUGCUGGAAGUGAAAGAUCAGACUCUGUCCAGAGAGAUUCAGGAGUUUGUGAAAUCAGACAAACACUCAGAGAAGAUACUCUCUCCUCCUCACUGCUCAACAAUCUCCUACAUGCUUCAGAUGUCAGAGGAGCCGCUGGAUGAACUGAACCUCAUGAAAUACAACACAUCAGCUGAGGGGAGAAGAAGACUGAUACCAGCUGUGAUCAACUGCAGAAAGGCUCUAUUUUCUGACUGUGAACUCUCAGAACAGGAUUGUGAAAUUGUGUCUUCAGCUCUACAAUCCUCAAACUGUGUCCUGAGAGAGCUGCAUCUGAGUAACAAUCGCCUGCAGGACUCUGGUGUAAAGUUUAUUUCUGAUGGACUGAAGAGUCCAAACUGUCAGCUGCAGAUACUGAGGUUGUCUGGCUGUAUGGUGACAGAGGAAGGCUGUGGUUAUUUCUCUUCGGCUCUGAGUUCAAACCCCUCACACCUGAGAGAGCUGGAUCUGAGCUACAAUCACCCAGGACAAUCAGGAGUCCAGCUGCUCAACCACAAACUGCAGGAUCCAAACUAUAAACUGCAGAUACUCAAUGUGGAUCAUGGAGGAGAGAUCAGGAUGAGAGCAGGACUACGAAAGUAUGCCUGUGAUCUCACACUGGAUCCAAACACAGCAAACACUGAACUCGUUCUGUCUGAUGAGAACAAGAAGAUCACACGUGUGAAAGAUUGUCAGCCGUAUCCUGAUCAUCCAGAGAGAUUUGAUCAUGUUCCUCAGGUUCUGAGUGUUGAGAGUCUGACUGGACGCUGUUACUGGGAGACUGAAUGGAGCGGAUAUUAUGCUGGUAUAUCAGUGUCAUAUAAAGGAAUCAACAGGAAAGGAGGGAGAGAUGAAUGUGUGUUUGGAUGCAAUGACGAAUCCUGGUGCCUGGACUGCACUGAUAACAUAUUCUUUGUCCGUCACAAUUAUGACGGCACUGAAAUGCCUGCUGACCCUUCAUCGUCUAAGAGAGUAGGAGUGUAUGUGGACGUGUCGGCCGGCUCUCUGUCCUUCUACAGUGUCUCUGACACACACACACUCACACACUUACACACACUCAACACCACAUUCACUGAACCCCUCUGUGCUGGAUUUGGGGUUUAUAAUGAUUCCUCAGUGUCUCUGUGUGAUAUUAAAUGAUAGAGAGACUCUUUCUGAUGUUCACAUGCACACAAACUCAUCAAAUCUCACAUCAUUACAUUUCUAUUCAUUUUUAAUUAGUUUUUCAUUGUCAUACAGAAGUUAUGAAUCUAGAUCAGACUCUCAUACUGUUCUGAAUCUUUAAUAAACAGAGUAAUAUGUGUGGUUUAAUAUUUCUAUUGUAAACUGAUCAUCAAAUGUAAUAAAAGUCCAUUAGUGACUCAUUUGAUCCUGAA